UAAGGUGGGGCCUGUAUGCUCUCCAAACAGGCAUGUCUAGCUUUGUCGUUCCAAGUGAUUGCUCAAGCAGGCCAAGGGAGAGAGGGAGGGAGGCUGUCUCUACAGAGGGAAAGCAGGGCGUUGGCCGGGCCAAGGAGGAGCCAAAGAGCUUCUCAUCGCCCAUCAGAUCCAUCGCUCAGAGCUAGCCAACCAAGCAGCCCGCCUGCCAGCCAACUCUCUGGUCCACGUCGGCUCUCUCUCUCUCCUCCCUCUCUCUCCACAGCUAUGUCCUCCAGAUACACCGUCGGUCCCACAGAAACGGAACGUUGCAUCGAGUCUCUCCUCGCUGUUUUCCAGCGCUACGCCGGCCGGGAUGGGGACGCCAGUGCCCUCACCAAAAAGGAGUUCCUGACCUUCAUGAACACUGAGCUGGCCUCUUUCUCCAAGAGCCAGAAAGACCCGGCCAUCCUCGACCGCAUGAUGAAGAAACUCGACAUGAACUGUGAUGGGAAGAUAGACUUCGGCGAGUUUUUGAAUCUCAUCGGGGGCAUGGCCCAGGCCUGCCACGCCCACGUGUUGUCAUCCCCGACCGGCGGGCUGCCCCAGAAACCAUGAAACACCCCCACUUUUGACCUUUCCAACCCAAGACCAGCACCUUCCCAAGCAUUCUAAAAUCCAACACUUGCGUGCGAGUCACAACAUAGGAGCUGCAUCCAAUGUGCACAUGCGAGCGACCUUCGCUUCUUACAGAUAUAUAUAUUUUUAUCUCUCAAUAAAGCCGAUGGGCAAAUCACAA